ACUAACCCAAGCCUUCCUGCUAUACUGGCCGCCAUGGGGAUCAGGCUGCUGUUCCCUCUACUGCUGCUCUGGACUCGGGGGACCCAGGAGUCUGAGCUGGACCCCAGAGGGCAGCACGUCUGCAUGGCUGGCAGCCCCUCUGUUGAGCUCCAGUGCUGCCCAGGGUGGAGGCAGAAAGAUCGCGAAUGCACCAUCCCUAUUUGCGAGGGGCUGGACGCCUGUCGGGAAGACGAGGUAUGUGUGAAACCAGGCCUCUGUCGAUGCAAACCUGGAUUCUUCGGGGCCCAGUGCAACUCCCGCUGCCCGGGCCAGUACUGGGGCCCCGACUGCCGCGAGAGCUGCUCCUGCCACCCGCAUGGCCAGUGCGAGCCGGCCACAGGCGUGUGCCACUGCCAACCCGAACGCUGGGGCGCCCGCUGCGAGUUCGCGUGCGCCUGCGCCCCCCACGGACGUUGCAACCCCGAGACCGGCGCGUGCAGCUGCGAGCCCGGCUGGUGGUCGUCCACGUGCCGCCGCCCGUGCCAGUGCAACCCAGCGGGGGCGCGCUGCGAUCCGGCCACCGGCUCCUGCCUGUGCGAGCCGGGCUGGUGGGGCCGCCGCUGCAGCUUCCGCUGCUCGUGCCACGGCUCACCGUGCGCGCAGGAGUCGGGCCGCUGCGCCUGCCGGCCGGGCUGGUGGGGCCCCGAGUGCCGGCAGCCGUGCCAGUGCGUGCGCGGCCGCUGCAGCGCCGCCUCCGGCCAGUGCGCCUGCCCGCCCGGCUUCCGCGGCGCGCGCUGCGAGCUGCCCUGCACCCCGGGCCGCUACGGGCCGCAGUGCCGCGACAGCUGUGGCCACUGCAAGCAGAAUGAGCCAUGCUCUGCAGACACAGGCAGCUGUGAGUCCUGCGAGCCAGGCUGGAAUGGGACCCAGUGCCACCAGCCCUGCCCUCCUGGCACCUUUGGCGAUAACUGCAGGCAGCAGUGCCCCCACUGCCGGCUUGGGGAGGCCUGUCAGCCAGACACUGGGCAGUGUCAGCGCUGUGACCCUGGCUGGCUGGGGCCCAGGUGUGAAGACCCCUGCCCGAUUGGCACCUUUGGGGAAGGCUGUGGCUCUACCUGCCUGCCCUGUGCCCAGGGGGCCUGUGAUGCUGUGACUGGGGAGUGUGUCUGCAAUGCUGGCUACUGGGGACCCAGCUGCAACACUUCGUGCCCAUCUGGCUUCCAUGGAAACAACUGCUCUGUUCCCUGCGAAUGCCCCGAGGGAACCUGCCACCCGGUCUCUGGGGCCUGCCAGCUGGGAUCUCACAGCCAGGAUGCCGCCCUCAUCGCGGGCAUCCUCGUGCCUCUGCUGCUGCUCCUCCUGGCCAUCGCCUGCUGUGCCUGCUGCUGCUGGGCUGCCCGGUUGGACCCCAAGGACAGGCCAGCAGGAGAUGGAACUGCUCUGUCCAGGAUGAAGCUGCAGGUCUGGGGGGCACUGACCUCCAGCCUGGGCUCUGCGCUGCCCUGCAGUUCCCUCAGCAGCCACAAGCUUCCCUGGGUGACAGUCUCGCACCACGACCCGGAGAUCCCCUUCAACCACAGCUUCAUCGAGCCGCCCUCUGCCGGCUGGGCCUCGGAUGACUCUUUCUCUUCUGAUCCCGAGUCUGGAGAAGAGGAUGAGGGUCCUGCCUACUGCGUGCCACCCCAUGAAGGGAUGGUCCCUGUAGCCCAAGCAGAGUCACCCGAGGCCAGCCUGGCCGGAGGCCCCUUCCCUCCUCCUGAGGACGCCUCCACACCAUUCGCCAUCCCGCGCACAUCCAGCCUAGCACGGGCCAAACGGCCCUCGGUCUCCUUUGCUGAAGGUACCAAGUUUGCACCACAGAGUCGCCGAAGCUCAGGGGAGCUCUCCAGCCCGCUCCGAAAGCCCAAGAGGCUCUCCCGGGGGACCCAGCCAGGUCCUGAAAGUCAGGAGGCUGAGGAGCCCAUGAGCCCAGAGCAAACGGAAACAGACGGCGCCCCUCCUGGUGCUGCCAGCCCCAGGGAUUCAGCCAUUGGCCGCCGCCGGCUCCUGCUUGCUGGCCGGACAGUGGCUGAGCGUGUGGAAGCCAUCGAGGGCAGUGUCCAGGAGGGCUCAGGCUCUGUGACCACGAUCUACAUGCUGGCAGGGACACCACAGGGAUCUGAGGGCCCCGUCCAGUCUGUCCUCCGCCGUUUUGGUAGCUUCCAGAAAGGCCAGGCAGAGCCCAGGGUCAAGAGUGCCAUCCCUAAGCCUCCACGCAGGGCCCUGAGUCGGAACAAGGGCAGCCCCGGGCUGGCCCCUGGCUCUGCCAGUCUGAGCCCCAGCUCAGCCCCGAAAGAGGAGCUGCCUGGGACCUUAGAGUCUGCAGGGACCAGGCCAGAGGAAGUGGCCAGGGGGUUGGGGGAUGGCACCAAGAGCUCAGGGAGGGGCCAGGAGCUGGCCCCUGGGGAUGGUCCCCUGGAACAGGAUCCCCAGAAGCUGACUGGCGAGGAAGGGCAGGAGGAGCCCCAGUAUGAGAAUGUUGUACCCAUCUCUGGGCCACCAGACCCCAGAGGACCUUGAAUUUCAUGAGUGGUAAGACAAUGGAUAGGGGCAGGCAUCCAAACUGCCUAGGAUCAGAUUGUAUUCUGCGCUGGAAAAAGAUUCUAGGGCCAGGAAAGGCAUACCAGCGCCUCUGUCUUUCCACAGGGACUCAUCAGAGUUGAAGGCCAGUUGGCUCUGGGCCCUGGCAGUGCUCUGGGAGAGGUAUGGAAGGCCUAAGCAGAGGCCCCCCAGGAUGGGGUCAGGAAGGGGGAAGAGAUGGCAGCAGGGACUUUUUCUCUGUUGUCCUGGACUCUGUUUGCCCCCAAAGGCUAUUCUUUCCUUCACUUGUAACACAUUUUUCUGAAAUGGGAAACAACCUAAAUGUUUGACAAUAAAAGAUUGGUUAAAGAAAUAUUCCUUAUGAAAGGUUCCUAAACAACCACAAUAAAUCAUGUUGUGUAAGAGUGUUUUUAAUAUGGGAGAAUGUUUAGGUUCGCUAUACUGUUAAGUGUAAAAUGCAACUUUUCUUUUUACAAAUUUCAUUCCUUUUUGCUUCAGAAUACACGUUUAGAAUGCUUCCGUUUUGUGUAGAUUUUGUGACUUUUACGGACUUUCUUUUAAAAUGAUGUGUAUGCAUAAAAAAGAUUCGAGGGAAAGGGAUCAAAUGGCAUUUUUCUCUGGGAGAUGAGAUUGUGGCUGGUAUUUAUUUUCUUCCUACAUUUUUGCAUAAUUUGCAAAUUUUCUACAGUGAACAGUCUUUUUACUUUUCUCACUAGAUUGAAUUUUUAAGGAAAUUUUAAAAGCUGUGUUCUUUGCUAAAAAUAAAAAGUACUAACAUUUCAGACAUGUCUAAAGUAACAAUGAGAUUUCCCUUCUCCCCAGAAGAUUCUGAGGGGUGAGGAAGGGGCUAGACUUAAUUUUCACGGAAUGCCUGUUGGUCUUGUUCUGAAUUCUUUCCUCACACACUUGUAUUACCCAGUCAGGAAAUAAAGAGCAAACCCCUCUGUCCCAGUGUGCAGAGAAUCUCAUGAACAGUCUAGAUGCUUCCUUUCAGAUGUUUUUCUGUGCGUGUGAAAACAAAAGGACGUACUGUUCCGGAAUUUGCUUUUUUACUUAACAAUAUAUCCUGGCUAUCUUUUGAUGUCAGUAAAUAUAAAACUACCUCUUUUUUUUUUUUUUUAUAGAAAAUGGCUACAUGGGAUCCCAUCAGGUGGAAAUAACACAAGUUAUUUUAACUAUCCCCAACCUACAGGGAUUUGAGUUGUUUCUAAUUGUUUUAAUAUAAUAAAUGAUGAUGCAGUGUACAACUUGGUCCAUAUACAUAUACAUAUAAUUUUUUUUGCACUUGUGCUAGUUUUUCUGUAGAAGAGAUUCCUAGAAGUGAAAUUACUGCGUUAUGGGGUAAGAACAUCAUAAACUGCCCUCCAAAGAAAUUGUAUGUCUUUGUGUUCUCAUAAGUGAUGUUGGUAUCUAUUUCCCCACACCAAAUCUGAUAGAUUAAAAAAGGUAUCUCAUUGUUUUAGCACAAUGAAAGUAAAUAACUAAAGUAAUAACAUGUUAAAACUUCUUAAAAAGUUAAACUCUUUGUACAGAUAAAAGUCUUUCAUUUGUAUUUUCGAGCCAUCAAAAAUGGUAUCAUUAAAAUGUGAAUUUCUAUGAUUAUUCUAGGACUGACCUUCUUUCCAUGUCUUUAACAGUUAUUUGUAUUCUUCCUAUAGAUGAGCUGGUUAUAUUCUUCCCCUAAUUUCCUAUUGAGUUGUUCCUCUUUUUCUCACUGAUUUAUAGAUGCCUUUGUAUGUAUCAAGGAUAUUAAUUCUUUGCCCAGUUUGUGAUUGGUCUUUCAAUGCUGUUUAUAGUUUCUUUCUUCUUUUUCUCUAUAGAAAUUAAAAUUUUACAUUUAGACAAGUCUUUUUCUUUUUGACUUCUGGGUUUAAUGUCAUGUUUCACAGAAAGAUGAAAAGAUCUUCUCUACCUCAAAAUCAGUGAAAUAAUCUUCUACAUUUUCUUCUACUAUAGGUUACAGAUGUACAAUAUGGUGACUGACAAUCUUUAAAGAUUAUGCUUCAUUUGUAGUUAUUGUAAAAUAUUGGCUAUAUUUCCUGGGUUGAACUAUAUCUCUUUUUAGCUUAUUUUAUAUGUAACAGUUUAUUUCUUUAUGAUUUGCCAGCAGUGCUGGUGUGGGGGCUUUAACACUCCUGACAAAAAGACUGACCAAAAAACCCAACCCUCCGGCAUUUCAAAUCUCAGUUCUGACAUACUUAUUUUGUGACUUUGGAAAUGUUACUUAAAGCCUGUAUUUUCAUCUGAAAAAUGGGGAUGUGCCUAUCUCCCAGGGCUACCGUGGGAAUUAAAUGACACAAAGUAUGUAAA